UCUCUCCGCUGCCUUUUCAAUGUAGCCUGUUGGCACUGCAGUGCACAGUGCAAGGAUCUAUCUAGAAGCUAACAUUCUAAAAAGUGUUUUGUUUUGCUACAGUGGGAUUAAUAUUCUUUCUUAGAUGUGUCAGUGGGUUACAGUCAAUGACAAUGUAAGAACGAGAUAUAAUGCUUCUGACUAGAGAAACUCAGAAUGAAAAUGACCCCUCAGCAGACAAGUCUACAGAAAGCGCUUAGCAGCAAAGAUCUAGGAUCGUGGAUCCAGGAAGGUGGAAAGAAAAUGAGGGCUUCAGUCCAACGAAGACGCUCUUCAUCUGCAAUUACCAGGGCCCUGAGCAAAAGUAAAUCAAACUCCAGGGAGAUCACAUUGUUUCCUGCCAAUUCAGGGAAUGGACUUCUCCUGGGUGCUUUCUGUAGUCCUAGCAAUAUGCUCAUAUUAAAGGAGCGGGUACAGCUCACAAGUGGGUGGCAGACUCAAGAGAGACACCUGUUUCUAUUUAAUGACAGUCUCGUCAUCGCAAAGUCAAAAUCUUCUUCCAGCCUAAAGCUUAAGAAACAGGUGCAUUUAAAUGAAUUGUGGAUAACCUCCUGCCUCAGUGAAAUCUCAGAAAAGAAAUUGAGCUCUGAUAAUUCCUUUGUUCUUGGUUGGCCUACAACAAAUUACAUUGUAACUUUCAGUUCCUCUGACACAAAGGAGAAGUGGCUCUCAACUUUAUGCUGGCAUAUAAAUGAGAUAAAGAAGAAUGAGUAUCCUAAAAAACUCCCCAUUAGUGUAUUAUACCUGGAUGCAGAGGAACUAACUUCUAGCGCCACCAUAAAUGUAACCAACAUGGACGAUGCAGACAAAGUAAUUAGAAUGGCUUCUGAGCAACUCGGAAUUCCAGGCAAGCCAGGUGACUACCAUUUGUGGGUGGUAUCUGGAAAGGAUGAACCCUCCUAUCCAUUGUAUGGCCACGAGCACCCUUUCAGCAUUGCCUUGCAUUGUUUUCGGGAAUCCCAUGAGAUGCCAAAGGGGAGCAACAACAACCUCUUCUUAGAUCAAGGCUCUGAGACUGUUAUCGUAGAGCAGCUUCCCAGGGAGAGACAUUGCCAGUUCGUCCUGAGACUAAGGCCGCAAGUCCAUGAGAAUGCAGGGAGAGAAUCAGUGCAAAAACAUUCCAGAAGGAAAAAGUCCCUGAUUGACUGGGCCCUUCGACGUACUGGGAGCACCACUCUGAGCAGCCAUGUCCCUCAAUCACCAAACACUCCGCGAAAACUCUUUGGCUUGUCCCUGUCAUCUAUUUGUCUCAAUGGCAAUCUUCCCAAACCCAUAAUGGAUAUGCUUAUGCUGUUGUACGAGGAAGGUCCAAACACCAAGGGGAUUUUCCGACGUUCAGCCAACGCUAAAACUUGCAAAGAACUGAAGGAGAAGCUGAUCUCUGGGAAUGAUGUUCAGAUAGACAGAGAGUCGGUGUUCGUUGCAGCAGCUGUGAUCACGGAUUUUCUGCGCAAUAUACCUGACAGUAUUCUAUCCUCAGACAUGCACGGACUGUGGAUGGAGGUUACAGAAAUGGAAAAUCAUGAAUAUAAGAUUGAAACUAUUAAAAGGCUGGUGGAGCAGCUUCCAGAUGCCAAUGCUGUGCUACUCCAACAUUUGUUUGCCGUUCUCUAUCACAUUAACGAGAAUUCUGAAGAGAACCAAAUGACAGCUUUCAAUCUGGCUCUCUGCAUAGCACCCAAUAUAUUAUGGUUGCCCACACCCAGCGACCCUGAAGAAGAGACCAAAUCGACUAAAAAGGUAGCUAUUUUAGUGCAAUUUAUAAUUGAGAAUUACCAACUCAUAUUUGGGCAAGAUGUAGCAUCAUUAUUCAGAAAACCUGACAAAGAUCCAGCAACAAGCACUGAAGAUUUAUCAGGCAUAAUCCAUGGACAGGAUUCAUCAGAUGAACUUGAAUUUACAGCUUCAGACUUGGAUAAGUCAGAUCCGAACCUGUUGAAAGACACAGAUGGGAUGUUUGAUGAGUCAUUGCUAAUGGAUGAAAGGGAAGAUUGGGAUCUUUUCAGUGAAAUAGCUGCCUGUUAUCAAAGUAAAACCAGGAUGGACUCCUUGGAGUGUUUCAACAAGGAUCCAUUCAGCUGCUUAAACGCUGCAUGCUGUCUUAACCCAUCCCGGGACAGAUGUUCCUCUGAGCCGAGUGUAUGCCUCAGUUCCAAGAUCUGUACACAGGAUCAUGAACCUGUCGCUCGUCAGUCUAGCUGCGAUGCCACCAUUAUGCACAACCAUAUUGAAUAUAUCAAUCAACUAAAGCAGCUUCAGCUGGAAACUAAGAAACUGUUAAAUACAGAGCUUAACUCAGCCAUGAACAAGCGUACCAUUAGGAGAUCCCCUCAGCCCAGCUGCAGACAGAAGAAGACGACUCAAAAUUUAGCACCUUCUAGCAGAUCAAGCUAUUCAAGUCUGUCUUCCACCACCACCUCUCCAUCAGUCUCUUCCUUAAGUUCGCUAGACAGUGCUUUUUCUUACUGUUCAGAGUCAUCUGUAUUCAGCCCUACUGAUGUCACUUCAUUACCAUUCAUGUUUGGAACAUCAGCUCGGCUGCAUACAUUGUCCCCAGAGAUCUCUAAAAAGAAAUUGAAAGAGUGGCACCUUCCCUUGUCUACACUUUUUGCUGACACUCCAUGUGGUCUAGAUUUAGGUGAGAGGCAGGAGAUAUCUAGUGAUAAAACCAAUGAAAUAGUGAAUGAUGAACUCACCAGUGAGGCUAUAAUACAAAGAAAUACUCUAGACAACAUUUCUAGAAAAGAAUUAGACUGUGAUGUACACUGUUCUGUACAAUCUGAAACUGGCUCUAUUACUUUGGAAACAAAACCAGAAACGAAAUAUAUUGAAGUCAAAGCAGAGAAUGGACACUGUGUGCGCAAGGAGACUUCCAUAAAGCAUGUAGAGAUAAGGAGACAAGAGUCUUCCAAUGAUGACAGUCUGAAGAGCACAAGAGUCAUGCUUUUUAUGCCUCCAAAUAUUAUUCCAGCAAAUAACCAAAAUGGUCAAAAUGAAAAUAUUGGUGUAGAAGGCUCAGACACUCAAUCGGUGAAACUCCAAAUACCCCAGACUGUGUUCUACGGCCAAAAUGCCCCACUUGUUUUGCAUUCAGUUUCCAGGAGGCAGCACUCCGAUUUAGAAAAACCACAUUGGCAAACACAACUAAAACAUGUCAAAAGUCCAUCUCCUACAAAGACAACAUUAACUGACAACAAGCAAGCCGAGGACUGCCCUUUGGUUUGUGUGGACAAAGACUUAAAUGGUGUACAGGUUUUAGAGAAAGUUGACACUGAGGAGACUAUUAAAGAUUCAGAAGUAAAAAGAAGUCAUGGCAAGUCCAUUGCCUCCUUUACUCAAACUAUUCGCAUUAUAUUACCAACGUCUGUAAGAAACACUGUGAGGGAGUACUUUAAGCACAGUGACGAACAAUCUAGUAGCUCUUCUCAAGAAGAGACUUUGGAACAAAAAGUAAUGGAUAGCAGAACGGAGGACUUCCAUCUUUCAGGAGCAGACACUUCUGGAGAAACCAAGAAGAAAACCUGUGUUGUGGUUGAAGAAUCGUUUGUGUAGGAAAUACCAGUGAAGAAAGAACCAUUGAAAAUGUUUUGAAUUGUAAGAGAUAUGAAUAUGUACAAUGUCCAAGAUGUGAAGAGUUUAAUUAUGUGUAAAAAUUGGGUCUAAUAUUAAGUUUGCUUAAACAUAUGUAAAUGUUUGAUACUUUGAAGAACAGAUGGCCACUUUGUACUCUGAUUCAUAUGUACACAUUUCUGUUCUUCCGGCAAUACAUGAUGUCAGGAUAUUUCCCCUGAAAGGCUUCAAAAUAAUAUGCAAUUACAGGAAAAGUAUAUCUUUCAUGUUGUUUCUCAGGACUGUACUACGUCCAGGUCAUCUGGCUGCCCCAAUCAUUACGAAGGAACAGCUGUGAAACUUUGUGUAAAUAGCUCUAGAACAAUCAAGAAAACAAGGAGCCGCCACAGAAAGGUGUGAAUAUUCUUGGAAAUGAAAAUUCCAUCUAGACAAAUUAAGCAAUAAAUGUAAAAUAAAUUGUGUGAAUUGAUAGGUUACGAUAUAAUAAUACAAAACACAGAAAUAUAAAAAAAUAAUGAUGUGGAUGGCCAUGUGGGUUCAGCUGUAGAAUAGUACUGAGCACAGUUUUAUUCGCUUUUUAUAUCCUCCCCAAAUAUUAGGAACCCCUUUCAUAGCAGGUGAUAGGGGGAUACCCCAACAUACUAUGAUUUUAAGGUGGAUAUAUUCUGACAUCCUGUAAUCUUCGGGGCCUGGAAGAUUGAAUGUGCUGUAAAUUAUUAUCUCUGUUAUAUGCUUUGAUUUGUAUCU